GGCCCCACCCCGAGGCAGGCCGGCGGGCAGGUUCGGCGCGUCCCUUCCGUCCGGCCCGCGCCGGCGGCGGGGAGGCGGCUCGCGCGGCCCCCAGCCCGCCCAUGGAGGCCUUCUCCUGGGCGCCCCGCUCGCCCCGCCGCGGCCGUGCCCCCCCGCCCAUGGCGCUCGUGCCCAGCGCCCGCUACGUGAGCUCCCAGCGCCCGGUGCACCCGCAGCCCUUCAGCUCGUGGAACGACUACCUGGGGCUCGCCACGCUCAUCACCAAGGCGGUGGACGGUGAGCCGCGCUUCGGCUGCGCCCGCGGCGGAGACGGCGGCGGCGACGGCUCCCCGCCCUCCUCUUCUUCCUCGUCGUGCUGCUCCCCCCACGCUGGGGCCGGGCCCGGGACACUGGGGCCCGCGCUGGGGCCGCCCGACUACGACGAGGACGACGACGACGACAGCGACGAGCCGGGAUCCCGGGGCCGCUACCUGGGGGGCGCGCUGGAGCUGCGCACGCUGGAGCUGUGCGCGGACCCCGCCGAGGCUGGGCUGCUGGAGGAGCGUUUCGCCGAGCUGAGCCCUUUCGCUGGUCGCGCCGCCGCCGUGCUGCUGGGCUGCGCCCCCGCCGCUGCUGCCACCGCCGAAGUGGCGCCGCGCGAGGAGCGGGCCGCGGCGUGGGCGGCUGAGCCCAGGCUGCAUGCCGCCUCCGGGGCGGCCGCCGCCCGGCUGCUCAAGCCCGAGCUGCAGGUGUGCGUGUUCUGCCGGAACAACAAGGAGGCGGUGGCGCUCUACACCACCCACAUCCUGAAGGGACCCGACGGGCGAGUGCUGUGCCCCGUGCUGCGCCGCUACACGUGCCCCCUGUGCGGCGCCAGCGGUGACAAUGCACACACCAUCAAGUACUGCCCGCUCUCCAAAGUGCCGCCGCCGCCCGCCGCCCGCCCGCCGCCGCGCAACGCCAGGGACGGCCUGCCCAGUAAGAAGCUGCGUUGA